AUGAAGCCUACCGGCCUCAAGAUGCUCCUCGCCGGAGGCGCCUUGUCGUCCGGCGCGCUCGCACAGGCCACCAGCGGCGACCUCACCAUCCUCUCCAUGAACGUCGCCGGCCUGCCACAGUUCCUCCAGAACAACGAGGUGCCCGGUGACAAGACGACAAACUCCAAGACCAUAGGCACGCUAUUCAGUGCGUACAAUUACGACAUCAUCAACGUACAGGAGGACUUCAACUAUCAUGCCUACAUCUACCAGACAGACAGACACGCGUACCGUACCGCCACAUCGGGCGGCGUCCCGUUCGGUUCCGGCCUCAACACCCUCUCCAACUAUAACUGGGUCGACUUCGAGCGCGUCAAGUGGAACACGUGCUCCGAUGCCUCGAGCAACGACUGCUUGACCCCCAAGGGCUUCACUUUUAUGCGUGUGCGCCUCGACGAGGGCGUCUACGUCGACGUCAUCAACUUGCACACCGACGCCGGCACCGAGGCCGGCGACAGCGUGGCCCGGAACAGCAACCUGAAGCAGGUCGCCGACUACAUCGACGCCAACAGCGCCGGCAACGCCGUCCUCAUCUUCGGCGACACCAACAGCCGCUACACCCGCCUCACGCCCGAUGACAUCGGCAUCUUUGGCACCCAGAACGGCAUGACGGACUCCUGGGUCCAGCUCGUCCGCGACGGCGUCGUGCCCACCGCCGAGACCUUGUGCGACAACCCCAGCACCACGAGCUACUGCGAGACGGUCGACAAGAACUUCUACCGCGGCAGCCCAGUCCUCAACCUCGAGGCCACCGCCUGGAACUACGCGAGCGAGAAGUUCCUCCAGCCCGACGGCAACAUCCUCUCGGACCACAACCCCAUCGCCGUGAACUUCACCUGGUCGCUGUCCUCCACCCUCCGCCAGUCCGACUUCUCCGGCGGGCCCCACGGCACCUGGUUCUCCGACCUCCCCGCGCUGGCCGGCAAGUCCAAGCCCAAGGCCGCCACGCUCAACUUCAGCGGCGACGAGCGCCUCGACUCCGUCGGCCUCACCCUCACCGACGGCACCGCCUUCAAGCACGGCGGCUCCGGCGGCACGGCCGCGACGCUCGCCCUCGACGCCUCCGAGUUCUGGACCGCCGCGACGCUCUGCACGGGUCAGAAGAACAACCGCACCCGCAACUUCUACAUCCAGGCGACGACCAGCACCGGCAGGACGCUCCAGUCGGGCACGCAGACCUCGGACUGCACGAAGUACACGGCGCCGGCCGGGUGGCAGAUUGUCGGCUUCUUGGGUCGCGACGGCGACGAGGUGGACAGACUAGCCUUUGCUUAUGCGCCACAGUAG